UUUAGUCUACUCUCUAUGUCCUUGUCUGAUUGUCUCUGGACUCUGGUGGAACUGGAAUUGUGUGAUUUGCUUUGCCGAAGUGUGAAAAAAUAACUUUGGUUAUUUAUUUUUCAGUGAUAGUUGGACUUCUAUAAUACUUUAAACAACUUUUAAACAUGGUUUCACUCAACCCCAUUAGGAUUUUAAAAAAUGAGGCAGAAGAAGAAAAAGCCGAGAUUGCUCGGAUGUCCAGUUUCAUUGGAGCCAUUGCUAUUGGCGAUCUCGUGAAAAGCACUUUGGGGCCGAAAGGCAUGGACAAAAUAUUAGUUUCAAUGGGCAGAAAUUCCGGACAGGUAGAAGUAACAAACGAUGGUGCUACAAUUCUCAAAUCAAUUGGCAUUGACAACCCAGCUGCCAAGAUCUUGGUUGAUAUGUCUAAAGUUCAAGACGAGGAGGUUGGUGAUGGCACAACAUCAGUUACAGUGUUAGCUGCUGAGUUGCUCAGAGAGGCAGAAAAGUUAGUAGAGCAAAAGCUUCAUCCCCAAACAAUUAUAGCCGGGUGGAGGAUCUCCGUUGAGGCCGCCAAACAGGCACUUGCUAAUGCCAGUUUUGAUCAUGAGAAGGACAUGAAUGAAGACAGGCUUAGAUCUGAUUUGGAAAACAUUGCACGUACAACUUUGAGCUCAAAAAUUCUGUCAAACCAUAAAGAACAUUUCACCAAGUUGGCUGUAGAUGCAGUACUCAGAUUAAAGGGUUCAGGGAACCUUAAAGCUAUACAAAUAAUCAAAAUAUCUGGUGGACUACUAGAAGAGUCAUUCUUAGAUGAAGGAUUCCUGUUAAACAAAAAGGUUGGAGUACACCAACCUAAGAGAUUAGAAAAUGCUAAUAUACUCAUAGCUAAUACUCCUAUGGACACUGACAAGAUCAAAGUGUUUGGCUCAACCAUCAAAGUGGAUUCCAUGGCGAAAAUUGCUGAACUUGAAGUGGCUGAAAAAGAAAAAAUGAAGGACAAAGUAAACAAGAUCCUCGCACACAAAUGCAAUGUAUUUAUCAACAGGCAGCUCAUCUACAACUACCCUGAGCAGUUAUUCGCUGACGCCGGUACCAUGGCAAUAGAACAUGCUGAUUUUGAUGGUAUUGAACGUCUAGCACUGGUCACUGGCGGUGAAAUUGUAUCUACGUUUGAUUCACCUGAUAAAGUCAAACUUGGACAUUGCAAACUUAUUGAACAAGUAUUAAUUGGGGAUGAAUGUCUCAUCCGUUUCUCCGGUGUGGAGCUGGGCUCCGCGUGCACCAUCGUCAUCCGCGGCGCCACGCAGCAGGUCAUCGACGAAGCGGAGCGCUCGCUGCACGACGCGCUGUGUGUGCUCGCCGCUACCGUCAGAGAGCCGAAGGUCAUCUUCGGUGGUGGUGCGAGUGAGAUGUUGAUGGCGGACGCAGUGUCCAAGGUGGCGGCGCGCACGGCGGGCAAGGAGGCCGCCGCGGCCGAGGCCUUCGCCGUGGCGCUCCGCAGGCUGCCCUCCGCCGUGGCGGACAACGCCGGCUACGACAGCGCCGACCUGAUCGCCAGGCUCCGCGCGCACCAUGCGCAGGGGGAGAGCACCAUGGGACUUGACAUGGAGAAGGGGUGUGUGGGUGACAUGAAGACCCUCGGCAUCACCGAGUCGUAUGUGGUGAAGCGGCAGGUGUUGGUGUCUGCUGCGGAGGCAGCUGAAGUGAUACUGCGCGUCGACAACAUCCUGAAGUCUGCCCCGCGCAGACGCGGACCCGACCGCCGCCCCUGCUAAUUGUAUACAAUUAAAAAAAAAAAUAAUCUUUCGUCUCAAAAAACAAUUUUUUUUUAAGUGUGUAUAAGAAAACUACUUCCUUUAGAACUAAAUAAACGUGCUUUUUAGUUGGCCCCUUGAAGACGAUGAAAAUUACUUAACCACGAUAACUUUGAAAAUUAAAUAAUUACACCUAAAACAGACAAUACUAAUAAGAAUUUACUCCUACUUUUCCUCUUAAAAAUAUCUGUAAAAUUUAAUUUGAUCGUGUUAUGUAUUCAUACGAUACAUUUUAGCUACAAGGGAUGUAUUUUUAGGCUUUCUAUUUAUAAAAUAAGGUCACUGAUAUUAGAUGUAAAAGAGUCGGUUUUAGCACCCUCUGGUAAGUGAUAACCAUAAGUUUUGUCACUUUCUUACUUUAUGACAAAUGAUAAAGACAAAACUUGUGACUAUACUAUGUGCUCUGUAGCAUGGUGCGGGUGAAAGUUGCAAGAGUGAAACAAACUGUCACCCGCACCAUGCAAUAGUGCACGAACUGUAAGUACACAUAUGGAAGGUAGCCUACCGGCCCAAUUAUAUUGGUUAACUUACUCAUCAUAUCUUUUUUAUCAACUAAAGCAAUAAUAAAAAGUGCACUUUAAAUUUUCAAUACAUAAUUAUUAAUGCAUAAAAAUGAUAAAACAAUAUUUACAUAAAAUAGAGAAAUAUUAUGUAUUACCAUAAAUGACUUUUGAAUACUACGUUUUGUAUUUUAGUGUGAUACUUUUAUAAGGCAAUAAAUACAUAGUGGGAGAAUUAUAUAAAAGUAUAAUUUGACCAUAAUUGAAUUUAUUUUCGACUGAAUUUCUUUUACACACUUUUAAUUACAAUUGUAAAUGUGUUUGCUUCUUUUAAUGCAUUCUUAUUUUCACUGGCGUAUAUUUAUUUUUAAUUUGCAGUUGCUUUGUCAUUAGUUCAAAUCCGCAUUAGAAACGUUCUUCACCCAUCUGUUUAUUGGAUGAAAAGUGUUUUAUAUCAAAUUUAGUACUUUAAAAAAUAUGUUGCGAGUAGGUUGCCUAUAGAUUUCCUGGCCUAUUAUUAACCUGUAUUAGUUAUCAUUAAUGAUAGUUUGGCCAGGAGAUUUUGAGGCAACCUACUUGCUACAUAUUUUUUAACAUCCUAAUUUUGAUAUAAAAACACAUUUUAUCCAAUAAACAGAUGGGUGAAGAACGUUUCUAAUACGGAUCUUUCUACUACAUAAAACUUGUACAAAGUUUGAAGUGCUUUUGAUUUUAAUACAUAAUGAAAACAAUUUUCAUGUUACAUUAGUAUUGCUAGCGGGAAUAUCACAUAGGAGGUAUGUUAUAUGUAUUUUAGUUUAGCCACGUCGAAGAUGCCUUAAUUUUAAAAAGUAUUAACAAAUUAAUAAAUAAUACUUUACUA